AACUAUAUUCAAUCUCUCUCUCUUCUUUCUCUCACUACUAUUACUAUCACACUCCUUUAGCUAAGCUAUAGAGAGAGAGAGAGAGAGAGAAGAGAUACAAACAACCAGAUUUAAAUCACAAUCUCUGUAAUAGAGAGAGAAACAGAAAAAGAAAACACACAAAAAGCAACUACUUCCUCUCUCUCUCUCUCUCUCUCUCUUAAACUACCAUUUUCAAACCCACACUUUCUCUCUCUAUAUCCAUAUACCUGUAUACCUGUACAAUAAUAUAGAAGAAGAAAGAAGAAGAUAAUAGAUUUUUAUAUAUAUAUUUUUUGAUUUGAAACCCUAGCUUUUGGAUCCGAGGUGGUGCAUUUGGAUGUGAGAUAGUAGAAUCGGCGAGAUCAGCUAUGGCGGAGUUGUCGGAAGAUGGAGGAGCGCUUUCUCCGGCGGGGGAGGCCACCAAUGGCCGUAGUACUUUUCCGGACUGGACUCCGACGGCGAUGCAGCCGGCGCCGUUGACGGUGUCGGGAUCGUUCAAGGAAGGGAAGAGCUCGUCGAGGAGGAGGACGUCGGUGAGGCCGAGUAUGGACGCGGACGAGUUCAUAAACCUGCUUCACGGCUCGGAUCCGGUCAAGGUGGAGCUCAAUCGGCUCGAGAAUGAAGUCCGAGAUAAGGACCGAGAGUUAGGAGAAGCGCAAGCUGAGAUCAAGGCCUUGAGGUUCUCCGAACGACUUCGAGAAAAGGCCGUUGAAGAGCUCACUGAUGAACUGUCAAAGGUUGAGGGGAAGCUGAAGUUAACAGAAUCUCUUUUAGAAAGCAAAGUAUCGCUCAAGCCUCUUUCCAUUUCUGUUUUGAAUUUGAUCCUUGUCACAAUCUUGUAUUUAUUCUACAAAAAAAAUAUUUUGCAGAAUCUUGAAAUUAAGAAAAUCAACGAUGAGAAGAAGGCUUCCAUGGCAGCUCAGUUUGCCGCUGAGGCCACUCUUCGAAGGGUUCAUGCUGCUCAGAAGGAUGAUGAUAUGCCUCCGAUUGAAGCCAUUCUCGCACCUCUGGAGGCUGAGCUCAAGCUUGCUAAGCAGGAGAUUGCGAAGCUUCAAGAUGAUAACAAAGCAUUAGACCGUCUUACAAAAUCAAAAGAAGCAGCUUUACUUGAAGCUGAGAGGACAGUUCAGGUUGCUUUGGCAAAGGCCUCUAUGGUGGAUGACCUCCAGAAUAAAAACCAAGAGUUAAUGAAGCAGAUUGAAAUAUGCCAGGAAGAAAAUAAAAUUUUGGACAAAAUGCAUAGACAAAAGGUUGCAGAGGUUGAAAAGCUUACCCAAACUGUACGAGAGUUGGAAGAGGCUGUUCUUGCUGGUGGUGCUGCUGCAAAUGCUGUGAGGGAUUAUCAGCGGAAAGUUCAGGAGAUGAAUGAUGAAAGGAAAACUCUUGACCGGGAGCUGGCCCGUGCAAAGGUAACUGCAAACAGAGUGGCUGUAGUUGUUGCAAAUGAGUGGAAGGAUGCGAAUGACAAAGUGAUGCCUGUAAAGCAAUGGCUUGAAGAGCGGAGAUUCUUGCAGGGAGAAAUGCAGCAACUCCGGGACAAGCUUACUAUAGCUGAGCGAACUGCAAAGUCUGAAGCACAGUUGAAAGAAAAAUUUCAUAUACGACUCAAAGUCCUAGAGGAGAGUUUGAGAGGAUCGCCUAGUAGUAACACUCGCAGUACACCAGAGUCACGAAGUAUAAGCAAUGGGCCUUCUCGCCGUCAGUCACUGGGUGGAGCUGAUAACAUCUCAAGACUAACCUCCAAUGGCUUUAUAUCCAAGAGAACACCAACAUCUCAAUUGAGAUCAUCUUCUUUGUCCUCUAGCACCAGUGCAGUGUUGAGGCAUGCUAAAGGCACUUCAAAAUCAUUUGAUGGUGGAACAAGGUCAUUGGACAGGGGUAAGAUUCUCAUAAAUGGGACGAGUCCUAGUUAUUCAUACACCCAAUCUUGUGAGGUAACAAAAGAUGUUGAGACAAAUAAUACCUGGAAAGGAAGUUCAGAUGAAAAGCCAAAUGAGUUCCAGACAGUGGAUACGGAGGAUAAUGUCCCAGGGGUUUUGUAUGAUUUACUGCAAAAAGAGGUCGUAGCUUUGAGGAAAGCUGGCCAUGAGAAAGAUCAAAGCCUUAAGGACAAGGAUGAUGCUAUUGAGAUGUUAGCAAAGAAAGUAGAGACGUUGACCAAGGCAAUGGAAGUUGAAGCAAAGAAGAUGAGAAGAGAAGUAGCAGCCAUGGAAAAGGAGGUAGCAGCCAUGCGUGUAGAGAAAGAUCAUGAGAAUAGGGCUAAGAGAUAUGGCAAUGUAAAGGGCCCUGUCAGCAGCACACAGCUGCUUCCUGGAAGAAAUGUGGGGCGAGGUGGGUUAACACGCAGUACCCAAUGACGAGAAAUCCUGCUGCAGCUGCAGUAAAUCUGCAUAGGCCUUGCUCUCCUUUAAAUUUUAAUUUUAAUUUUUAAAUUUCACCUUAUUUUGUGAUUGAUUAUAUGUAACCGGCAUGCCGAGGCAUCUACAUUCACUGAAAUUGGCAAAGACAAGAAAAACCAAAAAGAGCGGAAUAUGAGGAAGAAAUCGGUAUGCUUCUGACGUAGACUGUUAUUCCUCUGCUUAGGGAUCAGGAAAAAGCAAAAGGAAGAUAAUUGACUUUGGGCUAACAUUUUGUCAGGUUUUCUUUGAGUGGCCAGUCGUUGUGUGGUUGUAUAGGUAGCUUAUUGGCUUUUUACUUUGUUCCUUCCGCUGUCAUUUUGCAGUUUAUAUUUGUAUUCUGCGGCUAGUGUGAUUGUUGUUGGUUCAGGUUUGUUAAUAUUUUUGUAAUCAGAUCAAGAUCAGAUCUUCUAUGGUUGUGUUAA